AUGGGUCUCUCACAAAAGAUCCUCCGCAAGAUCGUGCGGAACGAGGCCAUGGCCACGGAUCCUGCCGGGAUCUACGGAUGGAGGGUGUACUUGCUUGCUUGUUCGGCCUGCUUCGGUGCCAUGUCUUUUGGCUGGGACUCUUCGGUCAUCGGCGGUGUUAUCGUCCUGCCCCCCUUCGUUCGAGACUUUGGCCUCGGUGACCGCAAUUCCGUCGCUACCGCCAAUCUCGCCGCCAACAUCGUCUCGACCCUUCAAGCUGGUUGCUUCCUCGGUGCGCUCAUCGCUUCGCCUCUCACAGAUCGAUUCGGCCGCAAAUGGUGCCUCAUCGCAACCUCUCUGGUUAUCAUCAUCGGUGUCAUCAUGCAAGCUGCUGCCUCUGGGAAGCUGGCGGCCAUGUACGUCGGUCGAUUCGUGGCUGGUGUUGGUGUUGGAGCUGCUUCGGCCGUGAACCCGAUUUAUGUGUCCGAGAACUCGCCCCGCGCCAUUCGUGGACUCCUUACCGGCCUAUACCAGCUGUUUAUCGUCACGGGGGGCAUGAUUGCCUUUUGGAUCAACUAUUCCGUCUCGAUUCACUUCCCGGAUGGCCCCAUCAUGUACAUCUUUCCGCUCGCCAUUCAGGCCCUACCUGCUGCGCUCCUCUGUGGGUGCAUGCUUCUCUGCCACGAGUCGCCUCGUUGGCUGGCACGACAGGACAGAUGGGAGGACUGCAAGCGCAUCUUGUCCAACAUCCGCAACCUGCCACCCACACACCCGUACGUCCAAGAGGAGUUUCAAGAAAUCGUCGUCCAGCUGGAGCAGGAUCGGCGCCUCAUUGGCGAUGCCACCUACUGGAAGUUGCAAAAGGAGAUGUGGACGAUCCCUGGUAACCGCAAGCGCGUACUUAUCAGCAUUACCUUGAUGAUUUGCCAGCAAAUGACGGGCACCAACGCCAUCAACACCUACGCACCAACCAUCUUCCAGAACCUCGGUCUGACUGGCACUUCUACCUCGCUUUUCAGCACUGGCAUCUAUGGUAUUGUCAAGGUGGUCAGCUGCAUUUGCUUCCUGCUCUUCAUGGCCGAUUCCCUCGGACGCAGGCGCUCGCUGUUGUGGACUAGUAUCGCCCAAGGCCUGGCCAUGUUCUACAUUGGCUUGUAUGUGCGCAUUUCACCGCCCAGGGCUGGUGAGGAGGUUCCCCCGGCCGGGUACUUUGCGCUCGUGUCCAUCUUUUUGUUUGCUGCCAACAGAUUCUUCCAAUUCGGUUGGGGACCUGCUUGCUGGAUUUUGGCAUCCGAAAUUCCCGCCGCUCGUCUUCGGUCUCUCAACGUCUCGUACGCUGCCGCCACUCAAUGGCUCUUCAACUUUGUUGUUGCCCGUGCUGUACCAACCAUGUUGGUGACUGUCGGAAGUGACGGUUAUGGAACAUACCUCAUCUUUGGCAGCUUCUGCUUUUCCAUGUUUGUGUUUGUCUGGUUCUUCAUCCCAGAAACCAAGGGCGUCUCUCUCGAGGCCAUGGACCAGCUGUUUGGCGUGACCGAGGCCCCAGAGAAGGCGUCGGUGGAUGGGGAUGAUGUCCAAGAGACAUCCGAAAAGGACACAAAGGUUCAGCAAAAAGAAAUCAUUUAG